CCCAGCCAGGAGGAAAGCGGUGGGCCGGGCCCGGUGUGGUUGGUAGCUUGGACCUGGAGUCUCGGAGGAGAGCCAGUUGGGCGGUGACCAUGGCGGAGUGUGGGGCCCCGCGAUGUCUGCACGAGAAAAGACUUAUACGGCGUGAGUUACUCCGAUGGUCACGCAACACCACUCUGCUAUUAGGUCUGGAAAGAGUACUCGAGGAACUGAUGGGGGAGUCCGCUUGGUUGAAAGUAAGGUCCGACCUGUACCCCGAGAGCGCCAGUGAAGAAACGCCAUCUGUCGCGGAAGCAGAAGAGCCUCAGGAUUGGGACCCCGUAGCACCCUGCUUUGUCUGCCAAGGCAAAUCUCAAGGAACGCUGCAGGUGCAAACUGAAACAGCCCCCCCGUCAGAAGGAACAGUAUCUGAAGGCGGGACGACGACCCCUCAUCCCCAGGGAGGCGCCUUAGACUCCCCAGCCCCUCCAGAGGACCUGACAGUCCAGAACAGCCGCCACCACAAACAUGACCAAGAAGAUUCCGGCUGCACCGAAGUGACCCUCGACUUGUCCAUAUCAAGGUCACCUUCGACGCCGUCUUCACAGUCGCCUUUCCUCGGGGGAUUGCCCAAGACUUACCUCGGGGGCUUAGUAGGAUCUUCCGGUGGGGCACUUGGAGGGCAUUUAGGCCGCACUGUCGGUGCCAUGGGAGGCCUGGGUCCUGAAGCCACACCGAGACUUCCCUUAGAUCUCUACACCGCCAAUCUUCCGCCACAUCUCCUGCAGUGGAUCCUUCAGUCGCAUCUCCACCAGUUAGCCAGGGUUCAUCAAGCUCAGCACGAUGGCCCGGAGAUCGUCGCCGACGACAAGGACCAACAGCCUCUAGACCUCAGUGCCAAGUCGCAGAUGUUGCAGGUGAAGCCAGAGUUCAAGACCUCCAUCUCGUGUUCGUCCCCGAGUGCCCUCAGCAGUUCCAACAGCCACCUCUUCCCUUACGAGAGGAUCAAAGCUGGCUGCCGCUGCGGCUGCCGCAGCGGCAGCAGCAGCUGCGUCGACCAACCCGACUGUCGUCAAACCAAUGAUAAUGGAGGAGGCAGGAGGCGGGGUGACAUGAGCAAAAGAUCUUACACUGAGGAGGAGCUUCAGGCUGCGUUAAGAGACAUACAAAGUGGAAAGCUUGGCACCAGAAGAGCAGCUGUUAUAUACGGAAUUCCCAGAUCAACACUGAGGAACAAAGUCUACAAAUUGGCAAUGGAACGUGAGCGGAACAAGAAACUCGCAGAGCAAUCAGUGCCCCCCGUCCUUCAAGAUACAAAACAGUUCCCACCUUACCAAAAUGGCGUCAUAGGUGCAGGUACAGGACCGUUAAAUAACGAUAAUACUGGUGAAGAUCCAGAUGCCUCCCCAGAGUCCUUCCGGGCUCUGCUCAAAAGCAAGAUGGCAGAGAAACUGAAGGAGCUUGACCGGAGGGGCAUCUGUGGUGAAGACAAUGAAAAAGUCGCCGAGUCCGCCCUAAAGUACCUGAUGGAGAACAUUCCAAAACUUGCCCUAAACAAAGACAACAAAGAGAUAUCAACUGAAAUAUUAAGUAGCAUUUCUUUUUAUCCUCAACUAAGUGACUUUAUCAAGAGAGUCGUUGAAGAACGGUACAACGAAGAACUACAAAGAAGUAAGUCCAGAUUAAAUGGAUCUGUCGAUAUCCAUGCUGUCAAUGGCUUUAAUGAUGAAAACUGUGACCUUACUGUCCCGUCCUACUCUCCUUCUUGUAAUGGCCAACAACCAAAGGGCGACUCUGAGUCUUUAACAAGGGAUUCCAACAAUUCUAGUCAGCCACUGAUCUCCUCACUGCAGAAUUCAAAUCUAAAAGAAAUGAUUGCUCAGAUGAUUGGUCAGAAACUAGGGUGUGAGGUUCCUCUUGGCAAGGAGGAAAAACUAGGAAGCAGUUCAAGUGAAAAGAAUCAGCAACUCUCAUUGCCCUUUUCAGUCCCGAGAGAAUCGCUAACGAAAUUCUGUAGUGAGAAAAGAGAUCAUGUGCAAAGCAGCAAGAAAAAUUCCUCAGCAUCUCCUACAGCAGCAGGUGGGAAAGGUUCUAGGCCAAAGAGAGGUAAAUAUCGAAAUUAUGACCGUGACAAUCUUCUGAAAGCUGUUCAGGCUGUGCAGAGUGGAGAAAUGAGUGUGCAUCGAGCAGGAAGCUUUUACGGGGUACCACAUUCUACUCUUGAAUAUAAAGUGAAAGAGAGACAUCUCACCCGAGGAAAAAAUAAGAAGGAACACGGCCCAUCCAGCUGUUCUCCCGCUGCUAAAAUUAAGAAAGAAAUUAUUCGGAAAUCAGCUGACACUACCACAUCGACAAUUGACCUAACAGGAGAUGAUCCUCCGAAGAGUGAUGACAACGGUGAUGCGAGUCCUGUUAUUAAAAAAGCAAGAGUAGAUUCAGGAGCAGGGUCACCGUAUCCCAGUUAUCCUUCCCUCUCCACCACGCCACUGUCUUCGUCAUCAUCACUAACCCAGACUCCAGUAACGUCUGCUCCAAUUAUACCGAGUCCAUUUUCAUUGUGGAACGGAGCUCCCAUGGUGCCAUCCUUUCUUACACGCUACCAGCAAGAUCCAUUUUAUGCGUCUCAGAUGAUCAGAAGGUUUCAGGAAGCUGCCGCUGCCAAAAGUCAGAGUGAGUCUGGUACCCUGACUCCUCCAGUUAGUGAACAGUCCACUUCUCCAGCUUCAGGUCACGCAGCCCAAGAGCCUUCGCCUUCCCCUCCUUAUCAAGGAAGUGUGCUGGAUGCCUUGCUGCGAGGGAAAGCAUCGUCUGUCAAUAGUAAACUUGCAUCCAGUUGCAGUAGUAACAGCAACAAUACCCUACCAAAUAGUGACACAUGGCAAGUAUCUUCGAGCCUAUUAAGCCUCAGUAAGGGUGUCAUGACAGAACACCAAAAACAGCAGUUAGGCAAAGAGGAAAACAGUUCUACGCCACCGUUAAUCCCGCCACAGGGUAUAGUGCCCUUCAAUACCCUGUAUUCCCUUCCUGUCUUUGCUGCACGCAACAGUUUAGUUGCAGCCCUUCAACAGCGGCCCUCACCAAGAGACUCUUCCAGCCCAGAAGUUGAUAUUCUUCCGCUGCCAUUAGUGAAAGAGUCAUGCCAUCCUACCCCUGUUGCUGCUGAUCAACCUUGAUUUGUACAUGAACAAGGUCAAUGUAUGAUACUCAUCAGCACUUACAGUAGGUCUGUAUUCGUUGUUUGGUCAGUUUUGCUUUAAAUGUACCGUACCUUAUGAAUGAGGGUUAAUGUCACCAGUGAAUUAUAUUGCUAAGCAGUUCAUCAUUUAGAAGACUUCAGAUAGGAUUAUGUUUAUAUUUGUUAUAAGCCUUCAUUUCCCAAAUAAUUAUUGUCCUUGGGACAAAUAUUCAUUAUUCACAGUGAAUAGUAUUAUCAUAUUUAUUAGUUUAUUUUAUUUGUUUAGCAAACAGGAACCCAGUAACGCUUUACAAUGCUACUGGUCAAAUUUCCCUAAGUUGAGUAUCAUCAUCUUUCUGUGAUGUUCAGAACUAAAAAGACAAUCCUUAUGCUUAUGAAUCAUUCCAAUAAUUUAAGGAAAAAAUGAUAGGAUUUUAUGUAGAAAACCUUUUUUAUGAAAACAGAGCGUCAUGAGCACUGUUGUUCCUAAGUCAGUGAAAUAACGUUUAGCUCUUUCCGAUAUUUUGCAUCCUGAAACUGACAGUUGUGUCAUGAGUAUCCUUUAUACCAGUGAGAGACUGGCGAUUUCCUUGUGGAGCUCUGAAGGGAGUUCGCAUUCGCAUUGGGUCGUUCCCAUUGGUAGCUAGGCGUGAAUUCUUCUUCGCCAUAAGACGAUACAUUAGGCCUCGAAGGAGUCUUUUACAUGAGAUGAAGUCCAGAGAGUGUUACGGAUUUUUAAACCUAUAGUGAUGCUGUUACUAGGUGUCAUGAUAAAGUCUUGGCAAUAACAAAGGUAUAAAUGGCACUCAUUUGGUCUCUUGUCGAAAUCUAGUGGGUUAGUAAAUAUAUGAUGCUGAUCAUUUUUAAAAAUAUAUAUUGCAUGUAGGAAAAAUAUCUUUUUUGUACUAAAAUUUUGAAUUUUUAAAAACUAUUUGUAUUUUACAGCAUUGUUUUAAUUAUUACUGUAACACGUUACAUAUGGAGCUAUAACAUUUUUUAGCGUUGAAAUAAUAAUGCACACAAACAUAUGUAGUAUGCUACAAACAUAUACGGUAUAUGCAUUUGAGUGUAUACAUCGCAUGAGUUAUGUAUAUGUACAAUAUGCAAAUGCAUGAUUGUUUAUAUACAUUAUACAUGAGUUCAUAUAUGUAUGUGUGUCCAUGUGGAGACCAUGAACAUUAAUCUCAUGGAUUAUAUAGAGACCAAAGUGAGUGCUGUAUCUAAAUAUGUUUCAGUAAUAUAUUGUAAUAUUUAGGGUUAAAAGCCAUUCUACAUGUUUGCAGUAACUGAAGAAUCUAAGAGUGAAGCGUAUCACAGCUCACAAAAACCUUUGAUCACAAAUAUUUAAUCAUUUUUGGUUACUGACGUCAAGAGUGCUCAAACGGUAUCAGAGAACCUCGAACUGAACGUGUGCCAUGAUGGUUGAGGCUUCAACUAAGACGCUUGUAAGCUGGGUUAUCACCACCUGGUCUCGUUUUCCAAAUAGCCUACAAACCCGUCCAUGUAGAAGUAUUCAAUAGAAUAAGACGUGUUUCUAUUUUGUCAAUAUAGUUUCCCAAACAAUGAUGAUAAUGGUAUAUGGAAAAACAAUAAAAUCUGGAUUUCUUGCUGACCAGAGGUGAUGUUUCACUUGGUGAUGCUCUUGACAAUGAACUGUCGCCAAUUUUAAACCAAUUUGUGGUUGGUUGGAUAUAGCGUCUGUACGGAGGAGUUAACUAAGGUUCAAAUCGUAAAUAGAAUUUUUGCAGUGUGUAUUAUCGUAUUCAAGAGACACUCAAGUAAAGAUUCUUUCCAGCAUUGCGAUGGCAUCACCAUGUGGUAUAUCCUUUGUAGAAAGAUGUAACCAUCAUGUCUAAGAUUCUUGCAGUCAUUUGCCAAGAAGAGAUAGAGAUAAAAUUUAAUUCGAGCCAUGGAGAUGUAUCGCUAUUUUGAUGGACCAAAGACUUUUAUAAUCACCUCCAAGAAUUUUAGGCAUGAUCAUGAACUAAAACUACCGACUAAGCUAAUUCUUAUUGUAGUGAUUGAGGUUUUAGCGUUCAUUUGCUGUUUUCCCCCCAGGAUGUAAGAAGUUUGUGAGACAAAUUGCAUAAAAAUGAGAUGGGAACGCUCUGGUCAUCGGCCAAAAAAAAAUGAUAAUAAAUGAAUAAGAACAGUUGACUACUUAAUGCGAUGAAAGACUGCAUAAGCAUAAGCACAAGAGCUUGGAAAAUGAGUUCCACCCAGAGAAACCGCUGCAGAGUCGUCCCUCUCAGUUUAUGUAGUGUGUCACCUUUUUGUUUCUGCAUUUGACCCCUUCCUUCUAGGACAUAAAAACAACAGGCUUUCAGUGUGAUCGAUCCAUCACAGCACGUAGCGGCUGAUGGACUUUCUGUGCACCAUCCAGCAUUCAUAGCCUGUCCGAUAUGGUGACCAUGAUGAUGUUCACUUCAUCUGUUAGAGCACGUACUUUAGAAGUUGUCCUGUGUAAACAAAAAAUCAUGCUCACGGCAAUGCUCAUAAACCAGUGAUAUAUCUUAAACCUACUUGUACCUAUCCAUAUCUAAUCCAGUCUUUGGUAUUAUAGAUUAAAUGCCCUACCAUGUGUUUUGGAGACUGCAAUUCAGUGUGAUAUAUGGCACCUCCUCUAUUCGUAAACAAAUGUUCUUUAGCUGUACUUAUGGUCAGAUGAUUCCGUGUUUUAUCAGAGAAGUUCCCCCAAUUCAUUGUUAGACUGUUCCAAGGAUCAUUAAGUCAAGGAUGUUUCACUGUUGUUAACAUGUCCCAACUUGCUUGUAAAGAGGUGUUGUUGUUUUGGUGCGUUGAUUCUGUGACUCAAAGCGCACCAUUAGAAAUUCAUUGCUGGUAUAUUGUAGAAAAUAUAUAAAUAUAUAUUUUGCCAAUCGCUUCUUCAAAGAAUAACUUACUACUGAAUUUUCUAUGAAAUUCUUCAUGUGUAAGAAAUUAUUCACUAAGAUUAGGGUAAUCAUGGGGCAUGCUUUCUUCGCUCAUUCCACCCAUGUGUGGAAACAUGCUGAUCCUAUCUCUGACUUUCUACCCUUUCCAUCUAACUGCAUAUCUGUUCACCUCUUUUCAUCGUACCACUUUCCUGUGACAAUCAUUCACUCUCAAAGUCUAGGCAGUCGUUUGCUUCGCUGUCUAAAAGUUAA